AUGGAGGAAGAUGAAGCCUGUUUAUUUGGUGAUGUUGUGUUGACUUCUUUUUGCCCGAGGAUUCUUGUUGUAUCCACCCCAAAUUACGAGUAUAAUGUCAUACUCCAGAAAUCUGCUCUGCAAAGCCAAGAGGAGGAUCCAGACGAGAAAAACCAAUCACAAUCUUGUAAAUUCCGCAAUCAUGACCACAAAUUCGAGUGGACUCGGGAGCAGUUUGGCUGCUGGGCAUCUGACUUAGCUACAAGGCACAACUAUACUGUUGAAUUCAGCGGAGUCGGUGGAGUUGUUGAUGUGGAACCCGGGUUUGCCUCACAGAUUGCUGUUUUUAGGAGGGUUGAUACAACUCUGAAGAAUGCAGAUUCAACCCAUAAUUACGAAGUUUUAUGGGAGUGGAGUCAAUCUAACAUGUAA